CUCUCCAAGCAGAACACGUACGUGCUGCAGAACGGGCGGGGCGGGUCCAAGCACCCCGAGCGGCGGGCCGAGAGCGACCUGGGCGGCUACAAGAGCAGCAGCAUCAACAACAGCAUCAACAGCAACAGGUCGGUGGAGAACCUGGAGUACUCGCGCGUGGCCGACGACAUCAGCCCGAUCCCCGAGACGGAGGAGGACGUCUCCGAGAGCCACUACGCCGAGAUCUGCGACUACGGGCAGCGGGCCCGGAGGCAGCCCUUCGCCAGAGGCCACCCUCCACUCAGCCUCCCCAACCUCAGCUUCACGCUCGAGGAGGAGAACCACGUCCCGAGUGACGCCUCGGGCAGGCUGAGCGCGACAUUCAGCGAGUCGAGGAGCAGGAAGUUCUCGAGCGCGAGCGGAGACUACAAGGAGAACAUUCCCGCCGAGCGAGAGCGGCGUCUCCACCAUCCACGUCAACGCCGCCGACGGCAGCCACGGCGAGCAGACGAGCUCGACCAGGGGGGCCGCAGGGACAUGAUCGAGAGAAGGACAAGGCCAACGAAGUGUACAUCAUUCGAGUGGUGGUGA